AUGAUAUCGGAGCAAGAGACUGUGUUGGGACAAGCGAGUUCGAGAGCUGUUUUAGCUCGGAUUACUACGUCGAAUCCGUCUCCGGGGAGAGAGAGAUUGAUUGAUGAAUCGCGUUCGGCGGUGUUGAAAGCGGUGGAAGAAACGAGGACGGAGGCGUCGCAGCCGUUGGGGAAACAGUCGUGGAAGAAGAGGCGGAGAGCUGCGGCGGCGGUUGUUGGAGUUGAGAUCUGUUUGUUGGUGAUGGUUUCGCGGAUAAUGUCGAGGAAUUUAGGGCAUGAUUUGGAGUAG